AUGAAGAAUCUCGCCAAGAUUAUUUUGGUACUUUUGUUAGGGCUUGUUUCGGUUCAAUCUCUUAGUCUGAGAGCAGGAAACCAGGAAUUAGCUAUUGGUGAAGAGGUUUCGGAUAUAUUUAAUGGACAACAACUCAGAAAAAUUGAAGUAAGAUCUCCAGUUUCAGGUGUUUUAAGCAAGAUAAAUAUCAGCCAAACUGGAUACCAUAGCUCAGGAACAGCCUUCGUGGUGACAGCUGAGACUACUCAAUACUAUAAGAGCACAAUCAACACAGGAGGUAAGAAUGUAUCAGUAAAAAGAGUUAUUGAAUCUGGUAGAAAUGUGUACAUCCAAAUCUUCAGAGAUUCGUUUGUUACAUUCUAUACAAACAAAGUCGUUGGUGACAAAGUUUCUCAAUACGACCUUUUGGCAAUCUUGUAUGUUGUUAGGACUAAGCAGGGAGAUGCUCCAGUCGUUAAGAAACUACCAAGAUCUGUCCCAACAUUACCUAUUUCUAACCCAUCUGCUUCGUCUACUACUGUGGAUUUAGAGACUGCAAAUUCAAGCUUGGAAUCCAGUACUGGCCAAGUUUCUGAGCCAGCUGAAGAUACUGAAGCUGGUCUUGAUAAAGAAUCAAAAUUACAGUUACCAGAGGAGAGUUCACCAUCUGUUGAAGCUGAAAGAAUUACUGAAAACUCAAAGACUGAUGAACCAUCAAAUACAAUUGAAACUCAGCCAUCAUCAGGAGAAAUCGCUGAAAAGGCAGAUUCAACACUCGACGAUUUGGCUUCUAUUACAGAGAUAUCAAACUUAGAAACUGGUGUCUCGGACGAAGAUACUAACAAGGAAGGCGACUAUUCUGAGCUUUCCGACUUUGCAUCUGAUUCUGAAGGAUCUAAGGGAGCCAGUUCUUCUCAAAAAUCUGAAUCAGGAUUGGAUUCUGCUUCAUUAGUAAAUUCUGAAUCUGGAUCUCAAGUUUCUCAAUUUAAUCCUACUAUUGGAUCCGCUGGAAGCGAAGUAUCUGAAGAAAUUGCUGUUUCUUCCGAGAAACAGAACACCACUGAUCUCACUGGUUUGGAAGGAGAGGCUGUAGAGUCAGAGACAAAGUUGGUUGAGAUUUCUGAGUUCAAGUCAACGCCUGAAGAUGCUGCUGUAUCAAAUAUUAGUACUAAUGAACCUUCCGCUGAAGAGAAUAUUCCAAACAUGGAUGUGACUAAAACUGAUGAAGAUAAAUUAGAAACAGAGUCUCCUGCUAAUUCUCCUGUUGAAUCUCCUGCUGAGUCUUUAGGAGAAUUACCAGCCGAAUUCCCAACUGAGUCUCCAGUUGAAUCCCCAGCAGAGUCUCCUGUUGAGUCUCCAGCUGAGUCUCCAGCUGAGUCCCCAGCUGAGUCUCCAGUGGAAUCCCCCAUUGAAUCUCCUGCUGAAUCUCCCAUCGAAUCUCCUGUUGAUAUAACUGAAAAUGAACCCGUUGAAGAACAGGAAACCAAGGAAGAAGAAAUUAUGCAAGGCCUCCCAUCCCAACCAAUUACUGGAAAAACUGUAGAGACUCCUGAAAAACUUGAAGACUUAGAAAAUGAGCCAUCUGAGAGUAUGGAGGAGUCAGGAGACGGAGGAGAAGCUUCAUUAGACUCUGCAGGAAGGAUGAUUGGUUCUGAUAUUGAGAAUAGUGGAUCACUUGUUGAAAACAAUUGA